CGGCGCUCUUCCGGGUCGUCCCCGGGCGGCUCUAGGCGCUCCUCGAGUCAUUUAAGUAAAAGGCGUGUCCUCUCUGGUGCUAAUGGCAUGGAGGAGGGGCGUCGCGCGCGCGGAACUCGUUGGGAGCCUGGGGGCCUACACAGCGCUUCUGGGGGCCUAAGUUGCCUGCGGCUGGACCGGCUCGCACGAGACCGCUAGGUGCCGCUUCCCCUUCCGGCCAGCCUCCGCCGCCUUCCUUCCGACUUUCGCGUGCCUUCUUUCCGGCGCCCGCCCGCGGCCAGAGCCAGGAUGCUUCCGAAGCGGCGGCGAGCGUGGGUCGGGUCCCCUGGCGGUCCUGCCCCCUCCACGGCGCGCUUCCCCGGCGUUGCCAUCUACCUGGCCGAGCCGCGCAUGGGUCGCAGCCGCCGGGCCUUCCUCACGCGCCUGGCCCUCUCCAAGGGCUUCCGGGUCCUGGAUGCCUACAGCUCUGAGGUGACACACGUGGUGAUGGAACAGACCUCAGCGGAGGAGGCCAGCACCUGGAAGGAGCACAGGGCGGUGGCAGGCUCUCCGCAGGGCCGCACCAGCCCAGUGCUGCUGGACAUAAGCUGGUUCACGGAAAGCAUGGCAGCUGGGGAGCCCGUGCCUGUGGAGCCCCGGCACUGCCUGGAGGUGGCCGUGCCCGGGAAAGGGCUGCCAGGCUCAGUAUGGAUGCCACAGUAUGCCUGCCAGCGCCCCACACCCCUCACACACCACAACAGCAGCCUCACGGAGCCUCUGGAGAUGCUGGCGGAGGCGGCUGGCUUUGAGGGCAGUGAAGGCCGCUUCCUCUCCUUCUACAGAGCAGCCUCGGUGCUCAAGGCCCUUCCGAGCCGGGUCACAGCCAUGAGCCAGCUGCAGGGGCUGCCCCACUUUGGAGAACAUUCCUGCAGGGUCAUCCAGGAAGUGCUGGCACGGGGAGUAUGUGAGGAGGUGGAGAGAAUCCGAUGCUCAGAGAGGUACCAGACCAUGAAGCUUUUCACCGGGAUCUUCGGGGUUGGGGUAAAGACUGCUGACCGGUGGUACCGAGAAGGGCUGCGGACCCUCGACAGCCUCCAAGAGCAGCCCCAGAGGCUGACCCAGCAGCAGAAAGCAGGACUCCGGCACUACCAGGACCUGAGUGUGCCGCUCCAGCGACCCCAAGUGGAGGCCCUGCAGCGGGUGGUGGAGGCAGCCGUGGGGCACAUCCUUCCCGGGGCCACCGUCACGCUGGCCGGUGGCUUUCGGAGAGCAGGCCCCCUCAGGGGCAAGUUGCAGGGCCACGACGUGGAUUUCCUCCUCACCCACCCCCAGGAGGGCCAGGAGGCAGGGCUGCUGUCCAGAGUGAUGCACAGCCUGCAGAGUCAGGGCCUUGUCCUGUACCACCAGCACCACCACGGCCACUGUGCAGAUGCCGCCUGCCCGCCCCGGCAGAACCACGCCAUGGACGGCUUUGAGAGGACCUUCUGUAUCUUCUGCCUGCCUUCACCACCAGGGGCUGCUGUGGGGGGCGCCCGGAGGGCCGUGCGGGUGGACCUGGUGGUGGUCCCUGCCAGCCAGUUCCCCUACGCCCUGCUGGGCUGGACCGGCUCGAAGCAUUUCCAGCGGGAGCUGCGCCGCUUCAGCCGGAAGGAGAGAGGGCUGUGGCUGAACAGCCAUGGGCUGUUUGACCCCCAGCAGAAGAAACAUUUCCAUGCGGCUUCGGAGGAAGACAUCUUCAGACACCUGGGCCUGGAGUACCUUACCCCAGAGCAGAGAAAUGCCUGACCCAGCCGCUGGCCCAGUCUGCUCUCUGGAGAGGCAGGCCCUGUGCAUGACCUCGGCCGCUGGAGGUCUCCAGGGCAAAGAUGCACUGUGGCCCCAAGUCCUCACCCCACACCCAGGCCCGGAUAUAAUGAAAUGAGCACACGUAACAAA